AUGGAGUCGAGGUCGGUCUCGCCUGUCGUGGCGGGCAAGGUCCUGAAGGGCCCUAGGGCUUGUGCGACCUGUGCGAAGGCGAAGAGCAGGUGUAUCGCGGGGCCGAGGGGCCAGGAAAAGUGUGAGAGAUGCCACCGUCUAAAGAAACCGUGCUCUUCGCAGACCCCGGCGCCAGCGCGGAAGCGCAAGGAGCCAAAACCCACGAGGGUGGCAGAGCUCGAGAGGCGGCUUGAGGACCUGUCCGCCCGCAUGGAGUCUGUCCAACGGCAGGUCCCAGCACCGAGCCCGUCCAACUCGGAUCACUAUGGCCUUCCUUCCAUUUCCGUCGGCGCCCCGGCUGACCCUGACGACCCCCUGCCGCCGAGGAACCUUUCUGGGACCCAGGUGCCCAUGCCCACCUUUGGCCGCGAUCGCUGGAACUCCCCGUUUGCGCACAUCUUCCCAGAGCGGUCCAUCUUCGACGCUCAACCAGAGCACCACCAACCGCCCGCCGCCAGAGCCGUCUCCCCAUCCGCCCCUUCAGGGCUCACACCAGCCCUCACGACGACAUCCGGCUCCCUAACCUCGUCUCCCUACCAGCAGCCAUACCCCCAACCACUACCACAGCAAAACUAUAGCGAUCCAUGGCCGCAAGGAGAGGAGGCCGAGAGCCUGUUGGGGUUGUAUCGGGAGAAGAUGGGCCAUCUGUUCCCGUUCGCCAUCGCGCCUCCCCACCUAACCUCGGCCCAGAUGCGAGAGGAGAGGCCUUUCUUCUGGAAGGUGGUCGUGCUGGAGGCGUGCCUCUUUGACGGGCGGCGGCAAGCCGCCAUGGGAGACGAGCUGCUGAGAGAGCUCUCGGAGGCUGCCUUUGUCAAGGCGCAGAACAGCAUCGACUUGCUGCAAGGGUUGCUCAUGUUUAUAGGAUGGUACCACAAUAGCCUCACCAGCGUGCAAAUGACGCGGCUACUCUUUCUCGCCCGGUCCAUAAACACGAACCUUGCCACCGCCGAAACAAAAGGUGUACCAGGCAAGGAAGGAUACAGCUCCGAGAGUCUCGAGCGGAUGCGCGUAUUUGUCGGGACCUACUAUAUGGUGACAAUCACCUUCACCACCAACAAGCGGCCCGACGCCCUCAUGAACAACGUCAACACACCCUACCUCGCCACCUGCUGCCGGGUGCUCCUCGGCCAGAUGGAGUACCCCACCGACGAGCUCCUCGUCCACCUCUGCCGGGCGCAACAGCUCUCCCAGAGCAUCACGCUGGCCUUUGACCGCCGCAAGGCCGUCCCGAGCGACAACCGGAUCCCGCAAACUGCCUUUAUCCAGGGCCUGCAGGAGCGCGUGCGCGGGUUCGCCGCCGCCCUGCCGCCGCACAUCAAGACCAAUCGCUCACUCGAAGGGCACCUCCUCGUCGCCGAAGUGAUGAUCUACGAAAGCAGCGUCGAAGAACUCUGCCACCACCACCACCACCCACAACAACGACCCCUCUUCUCCAGCAGCAGCCGGCCCGGCGAGCCAGCAGCCCCAACAGCCAUGCCUCCGCCGCUGGGGCCCGAGGGCGGCGCCGACACGGAGCGGCUGCGCAUCCUGUGGGAGUGCAUCCGGCUGGUGGACGCCUUCAUGACGAAGCGCUACAACCCGCGAGAUCGACGACUACCCGGCCGCUAUGUCUGCCUGACGUCGUUUGAUCUGACGUAUGUGUUUUUGACCAUGUUGAAACUGUCGACGAUGCAGGUGCCCGGGCUGGAUUUGGCGAGGGUGAGGGAGGAGUUGCAUAUUCAUGAGCAUAUGUCGCAGUUGAUGAAUCGUAUGGAGUACAUGGCUGUGAAACGGAAACGGGCGAGGGGCGGGCAAGGGGUUGGGGGUGGCGUGACAGUGAGCACGGAGGUAGAAGGCUAUACGGAUCCAUACGAUAGGUUAGCAAGGAAGGUGCGCAACGUCAUGGACCUUCUUAAUACUAGCGAGGUCGACAGCGAAUAUGCGGCUUCACAGGUUGCGAGGGUGUACGACCCGGCACCCAUGACACUAUCGGACGCCGCGGUUGAGUUGCUAGAGGACUUUGGGUGGCAAGGGAACGACCCGGGGGACCCGUCGUUGGAUUCGUUUAUGUUUGGUGAUGGGGUGAUGGAUUGGACGACCAUCUUUAACAACGCAAUGGCGGAGUCAUCUUUAUACACAACAUAG